AGAAAUAGAAAGAAGCAAAGUUUUUCCUCAAUGGGCAAUCACAAAUUCAAGUUCUCAGAUAUGAUGCCAAACACUUGGUUUUACAAGCUUAAAGACAUGAGCAAAACCAAAAACCAUAAAACCCCAUUUUCAUCUUCUUCAAAUAAUAAGCCACAAUAUUCUCAGCCAAGAUCAUCUUUCUCUUACACCAGAAAGUCCAUUAGAGUUGACAAGAUUUACAAUUCUCAUUCUCAUAAUUUUCUUGAUCCACCAAGAAAAUCAUCAUCAAAGAAAAGAUCCAAGAGAAAGACCAUUUACAAGCCUUCACCUAUACACAUUCCUUCCUCCAACAACAUCAGUAACUCUAUUUCAGUCUCAAACAAGUUAGGGCCUGCUUUCUCUGUUUCCUCCACAGAAGAAGAUAAAUUCCCUGAAUUGGAUUUCCUUAAUUCUCCAUCCUCAGAAUUGGACUCCGAUGCUCAAUCUUUCAAUGAUUUUGCCUCGAAUUGGCCCAAUCCUUGCAGUUGUCAAUUCAGCUCUUCAGCAACUGAUAUAAUCAUCGACGUGAACGAUAAAGCUCAGUUCAGCGAAUUCAACAAUCUAGAUGAAGGGUACGCGACAAUUUCAGAACUUGAUCAACUCCCUCCAAUUCUUACCAAGCCUUCAAAUUCCAUCAAGAACAUAAAACAGGACAACAUUAAGGCUCGGCAAGAAAACAGAGAACCUAAAAACAUAGUAGGUUCCCCUGUUUCGCAAAAACAUUUCUCUGGUGUAAAACUGCGAACAAAUUCGACUAAAAUUGCGAGCAAGAGAAAUAGCGUGUCAUCAAAAAGGCGUUCGAAGGCAAAGAAAGAGAGUUGCUCGACAGUGACUAGUUUUGCUAUAGUGAAAGCUUCAGUUGAUCCUGAAAAAGAUUUUAGAGAAUCUAUGAUCGAGAUGGUUGUCGAGAAUAAUAUAAGGGCAUCGAAAGACUUGGAAGAUCUUCUUGCUUGUUACCUUUCAUUGAACUCAAAUGAAUAUCAUGAUCUUAUUAUCAAGGCAUUUGAACAAAUUUGGUUCAACUUGUCUGACCUUCACUUGUAAAAUAGUUUCUUAUUUUAGUUUUCUCUUUCCUUCUGAAAAUUUUAUGUAAAUUUUUACAAUGCAAAUUUCUAUUUAGGCUCCUGGUUUUGAUUUUUUA